AUGCGCACAAACUAUUGUUUCUAGACAUUUCGGCGGAGUGGAAGAGGGUUGUUAUCCUUUAUCUCUUAGCCUUAUUACUACAUCUAAAGCCUUUAACAGAGCGGUGGUAACUUUAUAAUGGAUUUGGAAGGUGGCAACUACGAGCCUGGUUUUGUGGGCAUCAGGUUCUGUCAGGAGUGUAAUAACAUGUUGUAUCCUAAAGAGGAUAAAGAAAACCGCAUCCUGCUGUAUGCUUGCAGAAACUGUGACUAUCAACAAGAAGCCGACAACAGCUGCAUCUAUGUGAACAAAAUCACCCAUGAAGUUGAUGAACUCACUCAGAUUAUCGCAGACGUGGCUCAAGAUCCAACUCUGCCUCGGACGGAGGAUCAUCCUUGCCCAAAGUGUGGCCACAAGGAGGCGGUGUUCUUCCAGUCUCACAGCAUGAAGGCUGAGGAUGCCAUGAGGCUUUACUACGUCUGCACUGCUCCACACUGCGGCCACAGAUGGACAGAAUGAGGAGGUGUUCUAGGGAUCCUGUGUUACUGUCGUUCCAUUCCCGAACAUUAUUUCUCAGUUUAGGAGACGUCUAUUCUGGAGUGGAUGUAUGUUGUCAGUGACUGAUG